AAGUAUUAGUGCUUAGAAAGGUAUUCAGUUCUUUCUUGACUUUGUAUGUAAAUUGUGCAUUGAUACGUCCUAACUAUUGAUGCAAUGUUCAUAACUAGAGGCAUAUAAUGGAAGAACUUCUAAUUCAUCUCUUUCUUCUCAUUCACACGAAAGCAUGAAGUAGAGGAGAAAACUGACUCUCAUAUGGAUGCUUUCUGAUAACUCACACGAAACUCACAUUCUGCAAAAUACAAUGGAACAGUUCUGUAUCCAUCAUACUUAAUGUUCAAUUGUUUGAGAUUCAUUUUGAUUUGUUUUCAUUUCAGCUAUGAUGAUAAUUCCCACACUGGUUUCUGUGCUUCUCAUGUAAACAUUGAGCUUCAACUACACUAAACCACAUGUUUUUAAAUUUUGACCAAUAUGAAAUGUAACAUCUCAACAUACAAGCUCUCCCUUACUGUUAUGGAACUAGAUUCUUGAGAACUAAAACUUCUGUAGAUAUGUUGAAGGUGGUAUGGGCUGAGUGUCAAAGGCUAUUGGCAAUGCUGCUACAGAAGCAGGGGCACAUAUUGUAACAAGUGCAGAGCUAUUGGUCAUGAAGAUCUACUUUCUGAAAUUGUUGGAAAUAUUGAAAGUUAACUUAGAGAAGAUAAUCACUAGAAAUGAUGGAUUGCAUCCUAAUGGCCAGCAGAUCUCAACAAGUAAAGACAAAUUUUCAAAUGGUUGAAUUGAUGUCAGUGUUGCAUUUUUUCAUUCUUAAUUUAUUCAGUCUGAUUGCUUGGUUGGACUAUCGUCCAGAUUACCUUUGACUAGUUGAUCUAAGCCAUGCCUUAAUUCUCUUAAUUCUCAAACUUUUAAUCUUUAUUGGUUUAAUUGAUUAUGUUGUUUGCGUUGGUACUUCUGGAGUUACUAUAUGCUUCCUAUCAUUUCUUUGUUAGGUUUCACAACUAGUGGUAGAGGAUUCUGGCAUAGUGAGUGGGGUGAGUUCAUCUUCUACUACCUCAGUGCAGCAGAAAGUGAAACCUCAAUUAAACUAACUAGAUAUUGUACACGAGGCUAAUAUCAUUAAGGUGUUGAUGGCUGGUGGUACACGGGUGCAAUCUUCAAUUGUUCUAUCAAAUGCAACUCCUUAUAAAACUUUCAUGGAGUUAGUGCCUAGUAGUUUUCUUCCAGACGAUUUCCUCCGUUCAAUUAAGUAUUCUGAUUACAGCUCAGGAACUACAAAAAUAAACCUUGCUGUGGAUAAAGAUAAACUACCAGCAUUUUCUUGUUGCAAGUUGAGUCAUCCUGAUGCAGGUCCUCAACAUGUUGGUACCAUUCAUAUUGGUUCUGAGAGGUAAGCUACCAUGGAAGCAUCAUUUUUGCAUUCAUAUGGGUUAAUCUCAAAAUGUUGUCUUAUCAUCAAAUUUGUCUGCUGCAACGGUUGAUAACAUAAGACUGUUGAACAGAAUCUCCUGACAUAAUAAUCACACGGUUGGUUAUAUGUAAUUUAAUUAAGAGUUUCAUGGAAAGUCUUAACCUCUCUCUCUCUCUCUAAUAAGAUUUUAUUCAUCAACACCCUGAAUUGGAAGAUAUCAUGUGGUUUCACUCUUUUUUUAAUAUGGAGGAGAUAAACUCAGCCAGUCAAGAUGCCGUCAAUGGAGUUCCAUAACAAAGGCCAGUCAUUGAAAUGACAAUUCCAUCCGUACUGGAUAAGACUAUUUCUCCACCUGGAAAGUAUGCGGUUAACUUGUUUAUCCGGUACACACCGUAUAAACCAUCAAAUGGCAGUUGGGAAGAUCCUGUCUACAGAGAAUCAUUUGCAAACAGAUGUUUCACUUUGAUUGAUGAAUAUGCUCCAGGCUUUAGCUCAUCAAUCAUUGGCCAUGACCUGUUAACUCCCCCAGACCUUGAGAGGGAAAUAGGCCUAACAGGUCAAAUUAUAGGACUCCAUUGCCAGGACUAUUUUGUGUGGAAGUGGAGCUCACCCAGGUGGAGGUGUUAUGGGUGCACCUGGUCGUAACGCUGCACAGGUAGUUCUUCAAGAUUUCAAAAGAACAUGAAAUUACACGAACAGCAUUCCUGGUGUCUCGGUCUGGCUGUUCAUCAUCGUUUUAGACAUGCCUUAGUCAAACUGGGAGUAAGUUUCGGCUUUCAGCCUUCAGAGAGGCAUCUUUGUUCAGCUAUCAGUGACCUCAAAUAAAACAUGCGUCAUUCA